AUGCAGCUCCAAGCCCUCCUCACCUUUUCCAUCCUCGCUGCCUGCAUGGCCGUGACCGCGCUGCCCAGCAGCGACACCGUGAAAUACGGAUCGGGCUCAUCCUUCGUCGAGCGUGCCCCCGCCGCCUUUGGAAACUGUAACAUUGACCCUGGAGCCAUCUGCGGUACCCUCGCCACCGCUUGUGCCGGUGCUCUCACCGAUUCGGACGCGAGUGUCGUUUGGCAGACUAUCACCUGUGUCUGUGCGGGUCUUUGGUGUGGGGCAUCGAUCCUUCUUGACCUGCUAUGCUGCGUGGGCAAGUUGAACACGGCGAGCUGCCAGUCGAGCGGAGGCAGCCAGACUUACACAGGCGAUAAAGACGUCGAUGCGACCCAACGCAUCAUCACCGAUAUCUCCUCAGACGGAGGCCCAACGUUCGACUACAGCGAGCUCUUUUCGGCCAUUGAAGUCUACGGCGGCGUCACACUCGAGGGUAACACGCAGUACGAACAGAUCGUGAUGGAUAUAAUGGCUGGUAUGACCGGUUCGUCUAGCGGAAACGCGGACGUCAACGCUCUUAAUAACUAUCUCACUCAGAAUGGCCAGAAUGAAGGGUUCGGCGUGUGA